AUCGUAGAUAUCAGUAUAUAAUUCAUUUACAAAAGUAAAAUUAGGAAUAUACAUAUUUCUUCCCGCCAAUUCCAUAGCGAGAAAAUUCUCAUCUCUUUAUCGCUACACACAUUCGGGGGAAAGAGAGAGAAUCACAUAGAUGGAGUUGAGUCUCAGCGGAAACGCGCUGAAAACCUUCGCUCGCUCCAUCACGUGCCUCUCACGUAUCGGCAACGAGCUUGCUAUCCAAGCUUCUCCUUCUCAGCUUUCGCUCCACACGCUACAUUCAUCACGAUCUGCGUACCAGUGUAUUACAUUUAAGGCGAGUUUCUUUGAUGUGUAUACAGUUUCCGGUACUGAAGUCAAAUUCAGUGUGCUUCUGAAGGCGAUUUGUUCGGUUCUUAGGACGCCAAUUGCAGGUGUUGAUCAUCUGAGUGUGCAUUUGCCUGAUCCGGAUGCUUCUAAAGUGAAAUGGACUUUGGAAUGCUUCAAUGGUAUUAGAAAAUCCUAUUGGAUUACUUGCAAUGUUGAGCCGGACAUACAACAUCUGUCUCUUGACAGGAGAAGAUAUCCAAGCAGCUUAGUUGUGAGACCUCAUGAUCUUAACAGACUGCUUGCCAAUUUUCAGUCAUCACUCCAGGAGAUCACCAUCAUUGCAACAGAACGUGCAUCCAUGGCUUCUGACACUGAAAAUGAAAUAGGAGGAAAAGCAGUUGAACUUCGAAGUUACAUAGACCCAACCAAGGACAACGACUCUUCACUGCACACUCAGCUGUGGAUAGAUCCAGCUGAAGAAUUUGUCCAGUAUACUCACAGUGGAGACCCCGUGGAUGUGACAUUUGGUGUGAAGGAACUGAAGGCAUUUCUUUCUUUCUGCGAGGGUUGCGAAGUUGAUAUUCAUUUAUAUCUUGAAAAGGCCGGGGAGCCUAUUUUAAUGGCACCAAAAUUUGGUCUGGAUGAUGGAUCCAGCUCAAACUUCGAUGCUACUCUUGUACUUGCAACCAUGCUUAUAUCACAGCUCCAUGAAGGAAAUCCACCAGAACCUCCACAAGCCACGGCACGUGGUGAGGCUGCAGAUGGGACAGGGUCUCAAGGACAACAAGAGAGAUGUGGAGUGAAUGUAUCUGAACAUCCAUCUGAUCACACCAGAAUUUGGUCUGAACUUUCAGGAAGUGCAGCAAGAAGUGGUAGUGGUGGUGGUGCUGAAGCAAGGCAGGCUCCAGGAGAAAGAGACUUGAAUGCUAAUGAACAGAGGGAAAUCCAAAGGAUCAGCACAAUGCAUAUAUCCAAAGACACAUCUGCUGGAGAAAAUGUUGCUGUGAAUCCUAGUCUCGGCCAUCCUGUGCAAAAAGGUCAUGCAAAAGAAGCCCAAGAGAGAUCAGAAACUGAUGCCCAUAGUUUUUCACAACGUCAUCCUAGUAACUGGGUGGACGCUGAUGAGGAUGAGGAUGAUGAUGGUGAUGCAGAUGGAAAUGAAUUGUGUGUUCAGUCAACACCGCCUUACUAUGAAGAACAGUAGACUAUGGAUUUCCUUGUUCCAGUGACAGUUUGCGUUCUACCUUUAUACUGUUGUAAGUGUGCGCCUUGGAUAAAUUUUCAUAUCUUCAUGUUAUUACCUGUACGCCUAACCGCACGGGAAAAAUAGUGUGGCAAUCCAUAAUAUUUUUUCAAUUUUGCUC